CCUCCCCCCUGCAUCUCCUCUCUUUCUCUCUCUCUAUCUCUCUUCGUGCUUGUGGAGAUGGAGGUUGAUGAGAUCGCACGUACCGUUCCUCUUGUUAGACAGAGAACCCCGGCGAUGGAGGACGACAUCGCGCGUGUUGUUUCCUUCUUCACGCCCAGAAUCCCUGCAACUACCGGCAGCAGAACACGCAUCUUCCUCUUAUUAGCCAUUGCUCUUGCCAUCCUCAUCUUCAGCUUCUUCUUCGUUGCCUUCUUUCUGGCCAAACUGCCGUCACUGUCAGAUGCUGAAGAUUCUUCAAUUUUGCAUCAAGUUCCAGAAGGUCAUGUCGGCACAUAUUGGAGAGGCGGUGCACUUCUUAACACAAUCACAUCUCCAGGCUUUCAUGUGAAGCUGCCUAUCACCCGUUACGAACCCAUUCAAGUGACCAUUCAAACAGAUCAGGUAAAAGAUAUUCCAUGUGGUACAAAAGGGGGAGUUAUGAUCAAUUUUGAGAAGAUUGAGGUUGUUAAUCGUCUUCGGAAAGAAUAUGUCUAUGAAACGUUGAUGAACUAUGGAGUAAAGUAUGAUAUGACAUGGAUAUAUGAUAAGAUUCAUCAUGAGAUCAACCAAUUUUGCAGUGCGCAUACAUUGCAACAAGUUUAUGUUGACAUGUUUGAUCAAAUUGAUGACAAAAUGAAAGCUGCACUUCAAGGUGAUUGCACACGUUAUGCUCCAGGUAUUGAAAUUAUUAGCGUUCGUAUAACAAAACCAAUGAUUCCUGAUAGCAUAAGAAGGAAUUAUGAGCAAAUGGAAGAAGAACGCACUAAGGUGCUCAUUGCUAUAGAGAGGCAAAAAGUUGCUGAGAAAGAAGCUGAAACACUGAAAAUGAUAGCUCUAACAGAAGCAGAAAAAAAUGCACAAGUUAGUAAAAUUAUGAUGGAGCAAAAGCUAAUGGAGAAGGAUAGUUUGAAGAGACAAGAACAAAUUGAGAAUGAAAUAUAUAUAGACCGCCAAAAGAGCCUAGCAGAUGCUGAUUAUUACAGAAUGUUAAAAGAAGCAGAGGGGAACAAGUUGAAACUUACUCCUCAAUAUCUAGAACUCCGAUUCAUCGAAGCUAUUGCAAAUAAUUCAAAAGUAUUUUUUGGAGACCGGAUUCCAAGUAUGGUGUUUGACCAAAGGUUAAUUGGAAAUUUUCUAAGUGACUUUAAGAACAGGGAUAAUUCACAACCAUGAGAUUUCUUUCCAACCACUUAUUUUUUUUUGCUUCUUGUGACAAAAAUGAAAAAAUGUAGCAACUAUGAUUUUGUUUACGUUUAAAGGAUCAAUUUACUUUAUAUGCAAUUUGUAUUCCUUUAAUUCAUUGGCAAACAACUUUACUAUUUUUGUCAUUUUC